AUGCAGCCGCCCCGGGCCGCGCUGCUCCUCCUCUGCUGCGCCUCGGCGGCCGCCGGGCUGCAGCCGCCGGCGCGGCGCGCCCGCGCGCCGCCGGGCCAGCGGCGGCGCGUCGGCACGCUGCGCGGCGGCGCGGCGCCGCUCUCGGCCGCGGCGACGGCGAUCGCGGCGUCGCCGGACAAGCUCUUCAACGCCGUGUUCGGGGGCCUCGCCGCGACGGCCGUCGUCGCCAAGGCCGCCACGAGCGCGCCCGCCGACGGCAAGCCCCGGCAGGCGGACGCGGCCGCGCGCGAGCUCCGGCGGCGCUUCCUGCCGGUUUUCUGGCUGCUGCGCAUGGCCGACUGGCUCCAGGGGCCCUACUUCUACGAGGUCUACGCGUCCAAGGUCUUCGACGGCCAGCCCGCCUCGCUGGAGCUCGUGUCGCGGCUCUUCCUCGCCGGCUUCGGCUCGACGGCGCUCUUCGGGCCCUACGUCGGGCGGCUGGCGGACGCGCGCGGCCGCAAGCUGGGCACGCUCUGCUACGCGGCCCUCUACGCCGGCGCCGCGGCGACGACGAAGUCGCCGGUGCUCUGGGUGCUCUUCGCGGGCCGCGUCCUGAGCGGCGUCGGGACGUCGCUCCUCUUCUCGGCGCCGGAGGCGUGGCUCGUGGGCGACGCGGCGCGGACGAAGCAGCAGGACGCGCUCGGCGGCGUCUUCGGGGCCGCCUACGCGGGCGACGCGCUCGUCGCCAUCCUCGCCGGGCAGCUCGCCGCCGCCGCCGCGGCGAUGCGCGGGCCGACGGGGCCCUUCGAGCUCUCGGCGGGCUUCCUCGCGGCGGGCGCGCUCGCGGCGGGCCUCCUCUGGAAGGAGAACGUCGCCGACGCGGGCGCCGCGGGCGAGGGCCCCUCCGUGCGCGACGCCGUCGCGACGGUCCGCGGCGACCGCAAGAUCCUGACCGUCGGCGCGAUGCAGGCGCUCUUCGAGGGCGCCAUGUACAUCUUCGUGCUGCAGUGGCCGCCGGCCCUCGCCAAGGGCGUGGCGAAGGUCUUCGGCCAGGGCGCGGCCACGCCGUUCGGCGCGGUCUUCUCGUGCUUCAUGGUCUGCUGCCUGCUGGGCUCGACGACGUUCCAGGCGCUCGCGGCCCGCGGCGUGCGCACGGAGCGCAAGGCCGCGGGGACCAUGGGCCUCGCCGCCGCGGCCAUGGCCGGCGCCGCGGUCUCGGCGAAGCGGAACGCGAUGGCGAGCCUCUGCGCGGCCUUCUUCGCCUUCGAGCUGUGCGUCGGGCUCUACUUCCCGACGAUCGGCACGCUGCGCUCCAAGUACGUGCCCGAGGGCCAGCGCGCGAUCAUCAUGAACCUCUUCGGGAUACCCCUGAACAUGCUCGUCGUGGGCUGCUUCCUCUCGAUCAAGAAGCUCGGCGUGCCGGGCGCGCUGUCGGUCGCGGCGGGCGCCCUGGCGCUCGCGGCGGCGGCGGCCGCGGACCUCGCGCGGACGACGAAGGGGGGCGCGUCCUAGUCGGGGGCGGUCGGCGGUGGGUGGGGCCCUUAAGUUUAGUGCG